UCACCUGGCCUGCGGUCUGCCAGGCGCGAGGCCUCCGCGAGUCCUAUUGUCACCCUCUUAGGGGCCCCUUUCCCUUCUGCGCCGGGGCAGUCAUCCUGCCCCGGGUGGAGGCUCCCUCGCUUAUCUCUAGUGCCCCCGAGUUGGCGCGGGGAGUGGCGCCCCUGACGCGGGCGAUGCGAGAUUUCCACCGCGGGGAGGAGGGAGGGGUGCUUCCCGAGCCGGUCACCCGGUUCGGAUGGAGCAGUGACGACAGCAACAACAGUUGCCUCCGACGGCUGAGCUUCGAUUACGGCUUUGCGAAGUGCUUUCACCCACAGUAAUCACCGCCCAGUUUACAAGGAUCACUGACUCCUGAAAGAGGUGUCAUUAUCCCCAUUUUACAGGAGUGGGAAUUAAGUCCCAGAGGGGCUGAAGGACUUGUCAGCAGGAGCUGGCUCCCAAAUGGGGACCCCGGAGAAUCCCUCAGUGGCUCCCACAACGCCCAAAGCCUAAGGAAGUCGGGAGCUGAGCAUCCGGAGACGUAGAAGGGACUCAGGAGGAAGGCAGUGGGCGGGGCCCCGGGGAGUGGCCCCGCCUGCUGGCCAGCUAGUGACAUUUCAAGAACUGAUUGGGCCGGCCCAGAGCAUGUUCCAGAUCCCAGAGUUUGAGCAGAGUGAGCAGGAAGACUCCAGCCCUGCAGAUAGGGGCCUGGGCCCCAGCCCCACAGGGGACAGGCCCCCAGGUCUCAGUAAGCACUGGCUAACAGCCCCAGGCCUCCUGGGGGAAGCUGAUCACCAGCAGGGGCAGCCGGCCGGCAGCAGCCACCAUGGAGGCACUGGGGCUGUGGAGACCCGGAGUCGUCACAGCUCCUACCCCGCGGGGUCAGAGGAUGAUGAAGGGACGGAGGAGGAGGAUCUCGGCCCCUUCAGGGGCCGCUCGCGUUCGGCGCCCCCCAACCUCUGGGCUGCACAGCGAUAUGGCCGCGAGCUCCGGAGGAUGAGCGACGAGUUUCACGUCUCCUUCAAGGGGCUUCCUCGCCCGAAGAGCGCGGGCACGGCGACGCAGAUGCGACAAAGCCCCAGCUGGACGCGCUUCCUCCAGUCCUGGUUGAGCCGGAACUUGGGGAGAGGAGGCUCCGCCCCCUCCCAAUGACCUUCCGCCCCGCAUCCCGAAUCUCCCAACCGCUGCUGGUGGCCAUCUUGGGAGCGGGCGGAAGAUUUUCUGCAGGCUUUAUGUAAAAGGAGGCUCGGUUUUUCGGAAGACUGAGGUCUGACCCAGAGCCCGGUCCCCUUCCGGUGUGUGCGAGGACCACGGAGGGGCUCGGCCCCCAUCGGAAGUUGGAAGUUUUUCCGCCCUUACCUGCCGGAAGCGGCCCCGUGACCCCGCCCCGGCGCUGGGCCGCCCCAGGCGCCUGCGCUAGUUGCGAGCCGAGAUUAACCCUAACUUCGCUGGAACCCUUUCCUCCGCGGUAACGCUGCGGACCUACUCCCGAUACUAAGAUGCUAAUAAACCCCACGUCUGUGCCGUGGA